UCUCAUUUUUCCGUUAAGCUUGACGUAGUUUCGCGUGUAGUCGACAGGUGGCAUUUCGUUCGGUCCGAAAAGGGUGCGGUGCACGGUGAUCGCCAUACUGGGCGAACGUGACCGAAGACAGAGCGAAAAUGAAUACCAAAGUGUGUGUCACAUCGAACCUAUUUCGCUCAUAACAGUGGUUUUUAUUUUGACAGUGUAACCAACGAGUAACUCGCGCGAUGUCCGGUACACCGGCCAAGCCCUGAGGGAAACCGAAAAGCGUGGAUCCGUGCGCGUGACCGCGUAAGAUCAGAAAUAUCGCAGCUCGGGUUUCUCGCGACUCGGGUUGUCGCUGCAUGUGUCACUGUGAGUGCUGCUGCUGCUGGUUGCCAGAUCGCACUCGACUCCUACGUCGGCUGGUUGUUACUGUUCGUCGUUGACGAAGUUUGCGUGCGUCUAUUCGUCGACGGAAUAUGCAAUAUUGAGGAAAGAACUCCAUCGAAGAAUUACCACCAAUGAGUUUGGCCGCGUUACGCUCUGUUCGGUGCUACUCCUUCAACUAAUCGCGUGUGUGAUGCCCGGGAGUCGCUCCAGCACGGACCCAGAGCACAAGUCACCGCGGGAAAGUGGUGAAGAUUCCGAGGAUGAGAGUGAAAUCCUGGAGGAGAGCCCCUGCGGGCGGUGGCUCAAACGCCGGGAAGAGGUACACAUGUUUCUUCUUUUUACUUUGUUUUUUUUUUUUUUUUUUUUUUUUUAACGCGCUUACGAUGUUUGUUUAUAUCUCUCAUCUGUCUACUCGUUUCAACUCCAUACGUCACGGUUUGUACAGCUCCUGAGUUGGUAGACGUAUACGUACUCUGUAUACGUUGCAACCACUGUCGGGUUGCUCUUGCAAAAGGGACAAUGAUGCAGAUAUUUUUUCUCUCUGCGACAAAUACUUUGGUAGACAUCUGAAUGCGUGUGUUUACAGUCUGUCCCGCAGAGAAUAAAGGCUUAAAUGUUGGUGUCAGGAUGAAUAUGGUUUUUUAUAAUCACCAUUUUUAUGUUUGAGAAAAUGGAAUUUUAUUGUAACAUUCAUUGGUAUCGAAAGUUGGAGGAAGAAAUCUGAGAUAGCAUUCGUCCUAAUUUGGUUUCAAUUAUUUAAAAUGGAUAAAUACAAUGACAAGAUCUAUUUCUUUUCAUUAACAUAUUUAACUGUUAAAUCAAACUUUCAUGUAAACAUUAAGCUCUUUUGAAUAUGCAGUAUCUGUAGAUUGAUCUCCAACAACUUCUUGGCACUAAGCUUCAACCAGCGGCGAUCUCUUUCAUAUUUCAUCCUAAAAAUAAAUUGGCAUAGUUGGAUCAUCGGGUACUUACAUUAACACAAGACUGUUUUGUUCUAACCUGUCCCUUGUAGUUGCAAAACGUAUAAUAUCGUUAGAAAUACAAGGUGGACUAAUGUUUAGUCUACAAUGCUUGAUGUAUAUGUAGGUUCCAAGUCCACGUUAGCCGAAGGCUCUACCUUUGGAGCAGCCAGAGGCAGUGAAAACGAAGUCACUGAAAUGGAGGUGGAACAACGCGAUGUACCAGGAAUCGAUUGCGCCUACUUGGCGAUGGAUACAGAAGAAGGAGUUGAAGUUGUUUGGAAUGAGGUGCAAUUUUCAGAAAGGAAAAACUUCAAAGCGCAAGAAGAAAAAAUACAACUUGUAUUUGAAAAUCUUACACAAUUAGAACACCCCAAUAUUGUAAAAUUUCAUAGGUAUUGGACCGAUACUCACAAUGAUAAACCUCGAGUUAUAUUUAUAACUGAGUACAUGUCCUCUGGGUCAUUGAAACAGUUCCUAAAACGAACAAAGCGUAAUGUGAAAAAAUUACCUUUGCAAGCAUGGAAACGUUGGUGUACCCAAAUAUUAUCCGCACUAAGUUAUUUGCAUUCCUGUUCACCUCCUAUUAUUCAUGGAAAUCUCACUUGUGACACUAUAUUUAUACAACAUAAUGGACUUGUAAAAAUUGGCUCGGUGGCUCCCGAUGCAAUUCACCAUCAUGUUAAAACUUGUAGAGCGAACAUGAAGAAUAUGCACUUUGUAGCACCCGAAUACGGAAAUUCUGUAACCCCAGCCAUUGAUAUUUAUUCGUUCGGAAUGUGCGCUCUGGAAAUGGCAGCGCUAGAAAUUCAAGGAAACGGGGAUAGCGGCACGAUCGUGACCGAAGAGAACGUUAAAAAGACGAUAGAGUCUUUGGACGAUGUCCAACAAAAAGAUUUUAUUCGGAAAUGUCUUCACGUAGAUCCACUUAGUAGACCUAGCGCAAGGGAGCUCCUUUUUCAUCCUGUUUUAUUCGAAGUUCAUUCGUUGAAGCUGCUCGCAGCUCAUGCAUUGGUUAAUUCAGCCACGAAUAUUUCAGAAACAAUAACGGACGAGGUAUUGCAAAGGCUAUACGGGCCUGACACGGUGGUAGCCGAAAUAAAGUAUCAAGGUCGACCGACGCAACAGAUUCGUUUAAGCGAGAUCCCUGUUACAGAGAAGUUAGAAAAGUUUGUCGAGGAUGUAAAAUACGGUAUAUACCCCCUGACAGCAUUUAUGGCGAAACUACCACCACCUGCUCGACCCAGGGCGAUAUCGCCCGAGGUGACCGAGUCGGUGAAGUCGGUCACGCCCGAGCCGGUGGACGUGGAGUCUCGAAGAGUAGUUAAUAUGAUGUGUAACGUAAAGCCUAGAGAAGAAAGUUGUGAAUUACUUAUGACAAUAUUGUUACGAAUGGACGAUAAAAUGAACAGGCAAUUGACGUGUCCUGUGAGCCAAAUAGACACUUCAAUGCUUCUCGCGCAGGAACUUGUACAUUUUGGGUUCAUUAACGAGAACGAUCGUGAUAAGAUAGGAAAUUUAAUCGAAGAGGCAUUAAGGAGUUGCUUUAACAAGCAAUUGGUGACACCAGGAAUGGUAUCAUUAACUAAUCUUCCCACCCAAACUACUUUAUUGCUGCCUGGUCCAGAAUUUCCAUGCUUGCAACACUUUGAUAAUUCUAUGUAUAACGCGACAACAUCCAAUAGUGAUAGUGUAACUAACCCGCUGCCAAAAACCUCAGGUCUACCCGUGUCGAGUAACACGAGCAAAAGUCACGACGAAGCUGAACCACCGACGAAUACUGAAAGCGGUAGUUAACCAUCCAGGAUAUCUGGUAACUCAGUUCACUGUGCCACUUUGCACGCUCUAUGUAUAGACUGGCUAUGUAUUUUUAUAUUUAAGUAAACAGGAAGGAAGAAUGGAAUUAAAUAAUUUAAAAAACAAAAAAAAAAUGAAAUAAGAAGGGCGCCGUGGCUAAACCACUAGGUUAAACGCUGACGCAGUAUAAUCGAAUAUUGAUUUUUUUUUUUAUCGAGAUCAUAAUAUUUUGUUUACAAACCGUUUGACGUAUCGACGUCAAAUUCCAUGUAUUCGAUGAUCAACUGUUAAUUAUUAUUAUUAUUAUUAUUAUUAUAUUAUUAUUAUAUUAUUAUUAUUAUUAAAUCGUAAGGUAGUUUCAGAAGCUAGGGUUUACAUUAGGUAAUUUUAACUCGAAAGUAAAGGACGUGCUCUACGAUUUUAGUUGACCUGUACAACCUAACGAGAAUGUCGAUUACCAAUACGCAAGAAGCAUGGAAACUAAGUCUAGUUAUUACGAAUCACGUUUGAUCGUUGCCACCCGUUAUUAAGCUGAGAUAAAAAAAAGGGCAUUUUACUAGUGAAUGUUUAAGUUUUCGCGAAAUCUUGGAUAAAUUAUUUGAAGCAAUAAUCGAAAUAAAUUACCUUCUGUCGCAAAGUGACGAAAUGUAUCAUAGAAAUUUAUUUUGUAUAUACAAAUUGACAGAUUAAAUGAAAGAUCAAGAAGAGGAAGGAACGAUUUAAUUUUUAAGGUACAGAAUUAGUUUGAUCGUACAGCAAUGUAAAAACAAAUGAAUACGAGAAAGACAGACUAUAUAAAAACCCGCACUUAUUUCUGCUUGAAUACUCAAUAUGUUGUAAUUCAUUCUGAAUCAUUAUUCGAAUUACCGUAUGUUUUUUGUUCACGUGAUUGAAAUAAAAGAAGAGACCAGGU